GUGCACCAAUUUUCACGGGAAAUGUCGUAAAAUUCGUGUUUUUAAUUCCAAUUUACGAAUUACCAUAUUGGCAACUUGUGAUUACAGCUGAUUCAACCGAAAAAAUAGAAAAAAAGUAAUCCAUAUCGCUGAAUUCUAUAAAAAUAAUAUUGUACAAUGAAAUAACCAGAUUUUAAAUUCCAAUCAUGCGAUUUCCCUCAAAUAAAACACUAGGAAAAAUUGCUGUUUAUGGAGCAUUUGCCUCCAUUACGGCUGUAAUGUACAUGCGUUAUAAAAUUGAAGAUAACAUUAGAAACUCUGAAUAUUUCCGAAUAGCACUAAAAACCCUAAGGCAACACAAGGGUGCGUCGAGUUUGCUUGGUGAACCAAUUAAAGAGCUUGGAUUUGAUUUAAGUAACAGCAGCAAUUUUUCUGAUGGGCAAAUUGCCCAGUUUAUGGUUCAUGUAAAAGGUGUUAAAGAUAAAGGUAAAAUGUAUUUCUGGGCGAAUCGGACACCUGAUUCGGGCUGGUUCAUCGAUCGCUUAGAAUUAGAGUUGCGCUCCCAACCUGAUAAACGUUUUCUUAUAAAAAAAUCUGAAACAAUGAAAACCCCAUUCAACGAUUAAGUUGUACAUUACAACAAUUUUCUUCAUUACUUUAAUGUGCUCCUUAGGUGCUCAGGGGGUAUUCAUAGAGAUCGCUUAAAUCGGAACCGAGCACAUAGUUGGCAAAAGAGAGGAAUCUGCUUCAAAAAAUUAUUAAAAAAUAUGUAUGAAUUUUAAGAAUAUAUUUUUAAGCAUAGACUAGUUAAUAACGUUUGAUAAAUGUCAAUUGUUUCAGAAAAAAAGUUUGCUAAAUUAAAUUUUACUAUUCCCAUCAUGUUUCAUGUA